GGUCGUACAACAACGUUAGGAUCUAAAGAUUUCAGGUUCUCGAAUGAAAUAACGGACUCUAUACUGCCUGUGUAACGGAAAAAGAACAGUGAAAAUCCCUCUGCAGCUUCUUUGUUGAACAGUAUUUUCAUUUAUUUGUUCCUUCUCCCUUUUGUGUAUUCCAACCUUAGUUUCGAUCUCGUUUAACCAUGUCUUUUGUUCUUCAGUCUUCCCCGUUUGAGCCUUUAUUAUGUGAUUGUGAUUAAAGACUUAUUUUUGUUACCUAAUUUUCUAUUGCUUGUUGCCGGACCAUUGACAGUAAGGUUGUGUUUGACUAAGCUCAAGGUCACGGCGUGGUUCAGUUUGUGACUGUUAACCUUCUGACUGUCUGCUUGGGAGAAUUGCUGCAAUCCCUGCAGAUAGAUAUUUGAUCCCAUCUUAUUGGGAAUAUUUGUAUUGAUUCUCAGCGCGCUACUUUGCGUUAGAGAAACUUCUGACUGUAUAGCACAGGCUGUACCGUUUGAGGUAUUUUGUAUUUUUGAUGUAAUUUGUUCUGUUUUCUUAAUUAGAACCGUUUAUAUUGAGCACAGAGUUUGUGUUUUGAUAUAAUAUAAUACGAGUAUCUCAAAGACGCGUUGUGGGCUAUACAGAGGAACUUGGUCUGGUCUAAUCGAAUAAAUUUUGGGUUCGUCAGUCCGUAGUUCCAACCGGAUAUUGGCUGUUCGGUCGUUACAGUUCUCAAACGGACAGUAAUCUCAAGUGACAAAUUCUGGAAUGCCUGAAAAGCGCAAUAAGGUCAACGAAAACUUGGCAUUGGGCCACGGAGAAAUGCAAUCGGAUGCACCUCCAGAUGCACGGCAAGUCAAAUUAGAUGCAUUUUCAUGUCAUGGCUCUAAUGUUAGUUUAGUAAGUAAACAUAGCAAAGUUAGCUCUAGGAUUACCUUAGCAGAGUUAAAAGAAAGACAAUUAUUAGAAACGAGAGACUUGAAAGAUAGACAGAGGAAGCAACUACUGUGCUUUCAGAGAGAGUUUGGGUCGUUAAGGCUGAACGAAAGCACGUGUAGUAAGUUAUCUUCUGUUUCUAACUGUGAUGACAGAGAAAAGGAGCACGUUCACAGGUUCGCAAGUCCUCAUGACCUUAGGAUAAAGUCUCUAGAAAAGUCUAAACUGCUAGAUUAUCCAGGAACGAAGAAGAAGGAAGUGACCUUGGAAUCUCCAAGUGUAGGUCUUGAACUUCCAACAGUAGAGCGCGAUGCCUACUUCGAUAAAAGUUACAAUAUUGUUCCUUUACCUAGAGGAGUGGCUGAGCAAGACAUUGCUGCCCCUGUUAUUGGCAAUGAGUCUAGUAUGUGUAAAGCUGGCUUCAACAAAAAUGAUGCUUCCAGAGCCGUAUUACCCUCUAUUGUUGGAAGAACUAGACAUCAAGUAGUGACUGUGGGAAUGGAUGGAAAGGACAGUCAUGUGGGAGACGAUGCUCGGUCGAAACGUGUUAUCCUGACACUGAAGUACCGAAUUGAACAUGGUAUUGCGACUAAGCCAGUGAUAUGGAAAAGAUAUGGUACCACAUAUUCUACAAAGGGUUGUGAGUGGCAACAAAGAAACAUCCGGUGUUGUUGAGAGAAGUUUCAUUGAACCCGAAGGCAAACCGUGAGAUGAUAAGAAUCAUGUUUGAGACUUUCAAUACACCAGGUACGUGUGCUUCUACUCAAACGGUGUUGUCACUAUGUACAUCUGGUCGUACAACUGGUAUAGUGUUGAACUUAGGUGACGGUGUGACCCACACAGUUCCGAUUUAUGAAGAUUAUGCGUUACCUUAUACUGUUUUGGGACUGGACCUUGCUGGUAGAGUUCUUGCCGACUUUAUGAUGAAGAUCCUGACUAAGACAGGUUGCAGUUCCUCUGUCUAUUCGUGGAACAUACUCAGGCGCAAACCACCGGACAUCGUUUUAUUCUAUAGUAAGUCUAGAGUGGCACCUAUAAAACAGGUAACUGCGCCUAGACUGGAACUAGCAGCGGCAGUAUUGAGUGCUAGAAUAGGGGAAGUUUUAAAUAAGAACCUUCCUCAUGUGUUUGACAAGACUCACUUCUGGACGGAUUCUAUGAUAGUACUGUACUAUAUAAAAAAUACAGAUAGUAGGUAUUCCACCUUCGUGGCUAAUCGCCUGGCCGCUAUUCAUCAUUUAACAUCUGUGGACCAAUGGGGGCACGUAGAAUCCAAUAAAAAUCCUGCUGACUGGACAUCACGAGGCAUACGGAAGGAGCAAGAUUUAAAGAACUGGAUUGAGGGUCCUUCCUUCUUGAGGAAGAGGGAGUCUGUAGGAACACUAACGCUUAUGUGCGAAAACCCCCCAGAAAAUGUUGAAUUUAAAAGAUGUCACACGACCAACGCAGUUGCGCUAAAACAUAGCUUAAGUCCAAUUCUGCUAUAUCACUCAAAUUGGAUAAAGCUGAUUAAAGCGGUAGCAUGGCUCAGAAGAUACGUGACCUAUAUAACCAUCAUGUACUCCCAUCACAAGGACAGGUCCCUAAGUGUGGGCUAUCUGUCAGUUGAUGAGUUGGAUGCAGCUAAACACAAGAUAUUAGCCUUAGUGCAAAAGGAAGUGUAUGGGGAAGCAGUAAAAGUGUCUCGAUGCAAUGGCGUAAGCGCAACUGAUAUAAAAGAGCUAAAAAAUCUUUCACCUACGCUAAUCGAUGGAUUGCUUUGUGUCGGCGGACGAUUAAAUUACUCGGAUUAUCCACUCUCAAUCAGACAUCCGGUAAUUUUGCCCAGUCAUCACUUCGUAACAGAACUUAUUAUUAGACACCAUCACCACCUAGAAGGUCACACCGGGACAUCACAAGUGUUAGCUACCAUACGAAGAAAUUAUUGGAUGGUUAAAGGAACCAGUGCAGUUAAACGAGUGAUAGGUAGAUGUGUGAGGUGUAUACGCGCGAAAGCCACAUUAGGCCAACAGAUGAUGGCACCUCUCCCCAAGUGUCGAGUGCAGCAAGGCUGGUUUUGCUUCUCCUCCGUCGGGAUAGACUAUUUUGGGCCGUUGAUAGUUCGUCGGGGAAGAAGUGAGGAAAAAAGAUAUGGAUGCCUAUUUACGUGUCUCCAAACACGUGCCGUACAUUUGGAAGUAGCUUUCAAUUUGAGUACUGAUGCUUUUAUAAUGGCCUUAAUACGUUUCAUAGGGAGGAGAGGAACUCCUAAGGAAAUCUAUAGCGACAAUGGGACUAACUUUGUCGGGGCUACUUCCGAAUUACGGGCUAAUAUGAGUGUGUGGGAUAAGCAUAAAAUAAACGACUUAACGGUAUACACUGGCAUUUCAACCCCCCACUAGCUAGCCAUCGAGGCGGAGUUUGGGAGAGAUUAAUACGGUCUGUUCGGAGGAUCUUACUAUCUAUUUCCAACGGGCAAAUAUUACACGAUGAUAGUUUGGCAACUUAUUUUGUGGAGGUAGAACGAAUUUUAAACAACCGCCCAAUCGUUCCUGUGACGUCAUAUGAAAAGGAUAAUUUGGCGCUCACGCCAAACACUUUGUUAUUACUAAGAGACUGUGAUGGUUUAGGAGUGGAGUAUAGUGUUGCGGAUAGGUAUUCAAAGCGAUGGAGCCAAUACCUUCUGGCGUCGAUGGAUAAAAGAGUACAUUCCUUUACUGCAAGUGAGGCAGAAAUGGUUUUGCAAACACAGAAACUUAAAAGAAGGCGAUGUUGUUCUAGUGGCUAACGAUGCAAUGGGACGGGUUGAUAAGUGCGAGACAGACAGAGAUGGAUUGGUAAGAACAGUGAUGGUGCGAAUGAGAGAAGGUGUAGUAAGAAGAGAUGUGCGAAAGCUCUGCCUUCUAGAGGGAGCCGAGUAAUUGUAGAUUGUAGCUUAGGUUUAUGGAUGUACAGGCGUAUUGUUGUAAGUCCUGUGCCUCUCAUUGAUAUAGAGCAGUUAGUAAGGAGAGCCAUGACUGAAAUGCAUUCUAAGGUGUCUUUGCGAAGCUGAAGGGAUUUUGGGGGCCGGUGUAACGGAAAAAGAACAGUGAAAAUCCCUCUGCAGCUUCUUUGUUGAACAGUAUUUUCAUUUAUUUGUUCCUUCUCCCUUUUGUGUAUUCCAACCUUUGUUUCGAUCUCGUUUAACCAUGUCUUUUGUUCUUCAGUCUUCCCCGUUUGAGCCUUUAUUAUGUGAUUGUGAUUAAAGACUUAUUUUUGUUACCUAAUUUUCUAUUGCUUGUUGCCGGACCAUUGACAGUAAGGUUGUGUUUGACUAAGCUCAAGGUCACGGCGUGGUUCAGUUUGUGACUGUUAACCUUCUGACUGUCUGCUUGGGAGAAUUGCUGCAAUCCCUGCAGAUAGAUAUUUGAUCCCAUCUUAUUGGGAAUAUUUGUAUUGAUUCUCAGGUAUCAAACCCUUUAGUAUUAACUGUCUCUUUCAUUGUUUAGCGCGCUACUUUGCGUUAGAGAAACUUCUGACUGUAUAGCACAGGCUGUACCGUUUGAGGUAUUUUGUAUUUUUGAUGUAAUUUGUUCUGUUUUCUUAAUUAGAACCGUUUAUAUUGAGCACAGAGUUUGUGUUUUGAUAUAAUAUAAUACGAGUAUCUCAAAGACGCGUUGUGGGCUAUACAGAGGAACUUGGUCUGGUCUAAUCGAAUAAAUUUUGGGUUCGUCAGUCCGUAGUUCCAACCGGAUAUUGGCUGUUCGGUCGUUACAGCCUGUGUCCACAAUAAAGUCAUGAAAUAAACCAUGCGAUGUACAUAGUCGCUUUUGAAUAUGGGCAUUACGUUUCGAAAUAGUAGACAAGGAUAAGCGAUCAUUAGGGACAUCCGAAUUAUUGAGAUUCAAAUCACAAGAUUUAGUAUUACUUGAAGCAAAAAGGACUGUAGCCUUGCAUACUGACUGAAUGUGUCCAAUCUUACCACAUUUAAAACAUUUAGCAUUGCUAAAUGCGCAUGAAUCAUGAUAAUGAAACUUUGCACAUGAUAAACAUUUACCAAACUUCAUCUCAACUCUGUGAUUUGCUUUGUAAUUCCUUGUCGAAACACCUUUCAUAUUUACGCGAGAAUAAGAGUCCCUGUUAAACGAAUGCAAGUUUGAUGGACCCUGAGAUUAUAUUUCAUCAUGACGACUAAGCAUAGUACCAGAAAUUUUCAUCGACUGGAUAUCAAAUUCAUUCACUGUCUCGUGGUUAAUACAUGCAGUUCUAGCAUCUCCAAGGGAACAACUCGGCAUUCUUAACAGAUCUCUUUCCAGGCCCGGUAAGUUAAUUCCUGCAAUUAAUCGAUGCCUCAGUUGUACAUGAAGUGGAUCACCAACAUUACAUUUGGCAGCCUGUUUCUGUAAUUCAAGAAUGAAUUCCUCAACCUUUUGAUCAUUUUCACGAAUCAUCUUAUGAAAUUUCGUCCUUUCACGGCGUUCAAAACUAAGGCACUUAACAGGGUUAAAUAAUAGCUUCUUAAGAGUUGUAUAAGGAAGUGAGAUAGAUUUUUCUGGAUAUGCCAAAGUUUUUAAUAAGCUGUAUGCUUCUUUUCCGAUGAAUGUCAAAAAAUGUGCCAUAAUUUUAUCACCC